GUCAUCGCUCCGCACUCUCGAAUCCGAAAACCCUAGUCUCCUUCUCACGCUUCUCUUUUCGAUCUGAGAAUCUCUUUGCUCCUUUCGUCUCGUCAGCGGAGGAUCGAGAGGGAGAGUGUGCGGCGAUGGCGGAGACGGAGACGUUCGCUUUCCAGGCUGAGAUCAACCAGCUUCUGAGUCUGAUCAUCAACACCUUCUACAGCAACAAGGAGAUCUUCCUCCGCGAGCUCGUCAGCAACGCUUCGGAUGCUCUUGACAAAAUUCGCUUUGAGAGCUUAACUGACAAGAGCAAGCUCGAUGCUCAACCAGAGCUCUUUAUCCACAUUAUCCCUGACAAAGCAAGCAACUCACUGUCCAUCAUUGAUAGUGGGAUUGGGAUGACCAAAGCAGAUUUGGUGAACAAUCUUGGUACCAUUGCCAGAUCAGGGACCAAGGAAUUUAUGGAAGCACUAGCUGCUGGUGCUGAUGUGAGCAUGAUUGGGCAGUUUGGUGUUGGUUUCUACUCUGCUUACCUUGUUGCUGAAAAGGUGAUUGUCACCACCAAGCACAAUGACGAUGAGCAGUAUGUUUGGGAGUCCCAAGCUGGUGGAUCUUUUACUGUCACCAGAGACACUUCUGGUGAGAAUCUUGGCAGGGGAACCAAGAUCACUCUCUACCUUAAAGAAGACCAGCUUGAGUACCUUGAAGAGCGUCGUGUGAAGGAUCUAAUCAAGAAGCACUCUGAAUUCAUUAGCUACCCUAUUUCCCUCUGGGUUGAGAAGACCACUGAGAAGGAAAUUUCUGAUGAUGAAGAUGAUGAGGAAGAUAAGAAGGAUGAGGAAGGAAAGGUUGAGGAUGUUGAUGAAGAAAAAGAGAAGGAAGAGAAGAAAAAGAAGAAGAUCAAGGAAGUUUCUCAUGAGUGGUCCCUGAUGAACAAGCAGAAGCCCAUCUGGAUGAGGAAGCCUGAGGAGAUCACAAAGGAAGAGUAUUCUGCCUUCUACAAGAGCCUGACCAACGAUUGGGAGGAGCAUUUGGCAGUGAAGCAUUUUUCAGUUGAAGGUCAGCUUGAAUUCAAGGCCAUCCUCUUCGUUCCAAAGAGGGCUCCUUUUGAUCUCUUCGAUACCCGCAAGAAACCCAACAACAUCAAGCUUUAUGUUCGCCGUGUCUUUAUCAUGGACAACUGUGAGGAGAUCAUUCCUGAGUAUCUUAGCUUUGUGAAGGGUAUUGUAGACUCUGAGGACCUUCCUCUCAACAUUUCCAGGGAGAUGCUCCAACAGAAUAAGAUUCUGAAGGUUAUCAGGAAGAAUCUUGUUAAGAAAUGUGUUGAACUCUUCUUUGAGAUUGCUGAGAACAAGGAGGACUAUAACAAGUUCUACGAGUCAUUCUCGAAGAACCUCAAGCUCGGUAUUCAUGAGGAUUCUCAGAACAAGGGAAAGCUAGCUGAGUUGCUUCGUUAUCACUCCACCAAGAGUGGUGAUGAGAUGACAAGUCUCAAGGACUACGUGACUAGAAUGAAGGAGGGUCAGAGUGACAUCUACUACAUCACUGGUGAGAGCAAGAAGGCUGUCGAGAACUCCCCAUUCUUGGAGAAGCUUAAGAAGAAGGGCAUUGAGGUGCUGUACAUGGUCGACGCCAUUGAUGAGUAUGCUGUUGGCCAGCUCAAGGAGUUUGAGGGUAAGAAGCUCGUUUCAGCAACAAAGGAAGGUUUGAAGCUUGAUGAGAGUGAAGAUGAGAUGAAGAAGAAGGAAGAGCUGAAGGCCAAAUUUGAGGGCCUGUGCAAGGUUAUCAAGGAUGUUUUGGGUGACAAGGUGGAGAAAGUCGUGGUCUCCGAUCGUGUGGUCGAUUCCCCAUGCUGCUUGGUUACUGGCGAGUACGGGUGGACUGCCAAUAUGGAGAGGAUCAUGAAGGCACAAGCAUUGCGAGACAACAGCAUGGCUGGUUACAUGUCGAGCAAGAAGACCAUGGAGAUCAACCCCGAGAACCCCAUCAUGGACGAGCUCAGGAAGAGGGCGGAUGCGGACAAGAACGACAAGUCGGUGAAGGACCUUGUUCUGUUGCUCUUUGAGACUGCACUCCUGACCUCCGGCUUCAGCCUCGACGAUCCCAACACAUUCGGCAACAGAAUCCACAGGAUGCUGAAGCUCGGUCUGAGCAUCGAUGAGGAUGCUGGGGAUGGUGAUGCGGACAUGCCUCCAUUGGAGGAUGCGGAAGCCGAUGCAGAUGCUGAGGGCAGCAAGAUGGAGGAAGUCGAUUAAAUUCUGUGCCGCGACAUCUGGAUGUUCUGAACUCUUUUAUCAUCUCGGGGCUUUUAAUAUUUUGUCAUGGGUUUCGUCAUAGCGUUUCGUUCAAUCGGUGAAGCUUUAGAUUUUUGGGUUGUUUGUCUUAUGAGCUCUUUGACUCUCUCAAUCGUUUCUUUAUAGCUAAGCCACUGCGGCUCUUUUCGGGCACAAA